AUGUCAGCUUUUUUGCGGCUCAUUGAGGUGGAGAAUUUCAAGUCCUACCGGGGUCACACUACGAUCGGACCGUUGAAACAGUUUUCAGCCGUAAUUGGCCCCAAUGGAUCUGGAAAAUCUAACUUCAUGGACGCCAUCAGCUUUGUUAUGGGCGAGAAAACGAGCAGUCUUCGUGUGCGUAAGCUGACGGAACUAAUCAAUGGUGCCUCAAUUGGGCGUCCGAUUUCGAACCGUGCGUCAGUGAUGGCUAGAUUUGUAAUAACGGGCGAAACGGGAGAAGAAGUCGAAAAAACCUUCCAACGGUCCGUGAUUAAUGCAUCCUCUGAAUAUCGUAUCAACAGUUCGGUGGUGUCGCCGCAACACUACCUAGCCGAGCUGGAAAAAUUGGGAAUCAAUGUGAAGGCAAAAAAUUUUCUCGUCUUCCAAGGGGCCGUCGAAACCAUUGCUAUUAAGAAUGCGAAAGAGCGUACAGCACUAUUCGAGGAAAUCAGUGGAUCGGGCUUGCUUAAGGAGGAAUAUAAUCGGCUCAAGCACGAGAUGCAGAUGGCCGAAGAAGAAACGCAAUUUACGUACCAAAAGAAGAAAGGUAUAGCGGCCGAGCGCAAGGAGGCGAAACUUGAAAAGCAGGAGGCUGACCGGUACACGAGCUUGAAGCAGGAAUGUAGCGAAAAGCAGGUCCACUAUCAGCUGUUCCGCCUGUUCCACAACGAGAAAGAGUCGAAGCGGCUAAAGGAGGAUCAAAUCAGCAAACAACAAGAGCUGAACAUUAUCGAAAAACGAAAGGAGGAAGCGGACGAAAUUUUGAAGGAAAAAAAGAAAGAGGUCGGCAAAAUGACGCGGGAAAUGGCCAAGAAGGAACAGGAAAUACGGGAAGUAGAAGCGGAAAUGAGCAAACGUCAUCCAAUGUUCAUAAAGGCGAAGGAAAAAGUAUCGCACACACAGAAAAAGCUAAACGGUGCGUUGAAAACGCUUGAGCAAGCUCGCCGAGCCGACGAAGCGCACCAGGCCGACAUUAAGAAACUCGUGGACGAGCUGCACGAAGUCGAGGUGAAAAGGUCAGCAUUCGAGAACGAGGUGGCCGGGGAAUCGAAGAAGCGUGGUAGCGAUGUCCAUCUCGAGCGCGAUUUGGUGCAAGAGUACGAUAGGCUGAAACAGAAAGCCGACGCUAUGGCCGGAAAAUAUCUUAUCAAUCUGGAUUCGGUGAACCGCGAACAGAAAUCGGAUCAGGAUCUGCUGGACAGUGAAAUCAACAAGAAAGCACAGAUCGAGGAGAAUUACAAGAAAAUCGAGUCCGAGAAAAACGAAGCCCUAAAGCGACAGGAGAAACUAAUCGAUCACAUUAAAACUAGCAAAAUGGGGCUGGAAGAACAGCGCCGCAUUAAGGCCGAGCUGAGCCAAGACGUUGGUACCUCGAAAGAGCGCAUUCACGAGCUGCAAUCGGAGUUGGAUAAUGUGCGCGAGCAGUUGGGUGAUGCAAAGAUCGACAAGCACGAGGAUGCGCGCCGUAAGAAGAAGCAGGAAGUUGUGGAACUAUUUAAGCAUGAAGUCCCGGGAGUUUAUGAUCGCAUGAUCAAUAUGUGUCAGCCGACACAUAAGCGCUACAACGUGGCAGUAACGAAGGUGCUGGGCAAGUAUAUGGAAGCGAUCAUUGUGGACACGGAAAAAACGGCACGGCGCUGCAUUCAGAUACUGAAGGAGAAAAUGCUGGAUGUAGAAACGUUCUUACCGUUGGACUAUCUGCAGAAGAAACCGCUUAAAGAGCGGCUCAGGAACAUUGAAGAGCCACGAAAUGUGAAGUUGAUUUACGAUGUGCUAAAGUACAGUCCGCCCGAAAUCGAACAAGCCGUCCUGUUUGCGACCAACAAUGCCCUGGUUUGUGAAACGCCGGACGAUGCGAUGAAGGUGGCGUACGAAAUCGAUCGUAGCCGGUACGAUGCUUUGGCGCUGGAUGGUACCUUCUACCAAAAGUCGGGCAUCAUCUCGGGAGGUAGUCACGAUCUCGCCAGAAAGGCCAAACGCUGGGACGAGAAACAUAUGGCACAGUUGAAGCUGCAGAAGGAAAAAAUCACCGAGGAGUUGAAGGAGGUAAUGAAGAAAACGCGACGCCAGGGUGAGCUGACGACGGUCGAGAGUCAAAUACGGGGUCUAGAAAACCGGCUAAAGUACAGCCAAAACGAUCUUGAAACGUCCAAGAAGAACAUGAAUGAGUACGAUAAGCAGUUGGAAGAUUUUACCCGGCAGCUGGAUCAGAUUGGGCCAAAGAUUAGCGAAAUCGAACGUAGAAUGCAACAACGCGAUAUGAAGAUACAGGACAUUAAGGAAAGCAUGAACAACGUGGAGGACGAUGUGUACGCUGAAUUUUGUGCCCGCAUCGGGGUGGCCAACAUUCGCCAGUUCGAAGAGCGUGAGCUGGUGUUGCAACAGGAGCGUGCGAAAAAGCGGGCCGAAUUCGAGCAACAGAUUGAUCGCAUCAACAACAAUCUCGAAUUCGAACGAUCAAAAGACACGUCCAAAAAUGUUCAGCGCUGGGAGCGGGCAGUGCAGGAUGACGAAGAUUCGCUAGAAACGUACAAACAAACGGAAGCCCGGCAGCGGCAGGAAAUCGAGAAAGAUAAAGAAAAGAUCGAGCUGAUGAAGCAGGAAAAGGCGGCCCACAAAAACCUGGUCGACCAGAUGGAAGAAGAAAUGGCCAAAGCGAGACGGGAUGUGCAAGCGCUGGCCAAGGAGCUGGCCGCCAUCCAGCAGAGCAUUGCCAACAUCGAUACCAGAAUUGAAACGAUCAAGAGCAAACGGCACAACAUUCUGAUGCAGGCUAAGAUGGACGCGAUCGAGAUACCGCUGCUGCAAGGUUCCAUGGAUGACAUCGGACAGCAGCAAGCAGCGCAACAUCCGCAGGGAGGAGGUUCAGGUCAGAGUGGGGGAGACUAUGCUGCCGACGGGGGGACCGGUGGCGGAUCGGCAUAUGAACGGGAAAGCCGUAUCGAAAUCGACUAUCGACGGCUCGAGCAUCAUCUGAAAAAUUUGUCCGAUCCGGAUCAGAUUAAAAAGAGUGGCGACUCGUUGGCGAAGGAGCUGCAGGCCAAGCUGGACACGCUCGAGAAGAUUCAAACGCCCAACAUGAAGGCGAUGCAAAAGUUGGACCGAGUGACGGAAAAAAUUCAAUCCACGAACGAAGAGUUCGAGGCGGCUCGCAAAAAGGCGAAAAAGGCGAAGACAGCAUUCGAAAAGGUGAAAAACGAACGAUGUACACUGUUCACCAAUUGCUGCAACCACAUCUCCGACGCGAUCGACGCCAUCUACAAACAAUUGUCAAGGAACGAGGCUGCCCAGGCGUACCUUGGGCCGGAUAAUCCCGAGGAGCCGUACCUGGAUGGUAUUAACUACAAUUGCGUAGCGCCCGGCAAACGGUUCCAGCCGAUGAGCAACCUCAGUGGUGGAGAAAAGACGAUCGCUGCCCUUGCACUGCUAUUCGCCAUUCAUAGUUUCCAACCGGCACCAUUUUUCGUGCUGGACGAAAUCGAUGCGGCACUCGAUAACACAAACAUCGGCAAGGUGGCGUCUUAUAUCCGUGAAAAAACGACCAACCUGCAAACGAUCGUAAUUUCACUGAAGGAGGAAUUCUACGGCCAUGCGGAUGUACUGAUCGGUAUCUGUCCGGAUCCCACCGAGUGUCUGGUGUCGCAGACAUUGCUCUUUGAUCUGGAGUGUUAUAAGGAACAUAAUGAAUACUAG